AUGGAUAUCCUCCCCUGGAAGGGCGAGCAGGACUUCUCCGUGACGGGCGCCAAAGCUGGGCAACUGUGCAGCACCACCCACAUCGACGUCACUUUGUCGAUUCCCGGAACGGAUGAGGUCUUCAAUGUCGCAGUGCAAACCUGCACCAAAGUCCAGGACUUGAAGUAUGCCUUGUCGGCAAAGAUGGGUUACCUGGAGCCGGACCGCAUUAGCUUCGUCGUGAAGCAAGGUUGUACAUACAAAAAGCUGCAGGAGUCGGAUCAGGUGCUGAAGAAGAUGCUGGUUCAAGGAAUCAAGAACUUCAAGCCGCCUCUGCACCAGUACCCGCAUCCCUAUGCCAUCAUCGGUGCCGGCUACAACGGCCUGAAGACAGCUCUCUACAUGCUUCGGGACAAGCAGACCGAUUUCACCAUCUUCGACAGGUACGACAAGGUCGGCGGCCACGCUUGGUUGGAGAGCGCGAACAAGACGACCAGGUUGCAGACUGAAUUCUCCACGUACCACAUCUGGUACGGUGAGGAGUGGUCCACCCUCGGAGUGGAGAAGUGCGGGGGCCCCCCGCUAGACUGGGAGAUCUGGCCAUGCCGAGAUCGGGUGAUCGAGCAUUUCGAGCUCUGCGCCCAGGAGUAUGGCAUCUACGCUCAUUGCCAGCUGGGCGUUGACGUGGAGUCAGCGGACGUGAUCCAGCGGCCGAACAAAAACGACAACUACUACAACCUGAGCUGCCAGCCUGUCCUUCCGAAUCGAAAGGACGAGCAGGGCGGCGAGAAGCUGGAGCACCACAAGAAUGCCACCACCGAAGGGUACGCGGGCGCCUUCCGUGUGGACCGGAAUCGAAAGCCAUUCGUCUUUACCGCCUCGUGCUUUUGCAUCUGGCCAGGGAAUCUGAUCAACCCGAGGCAGUUGACCUACCCGGGAGAGGAUCUCUUCCAAGGCUUCGUGGAGUAUGGUGUCGAGAUGCGGUGCGACUACAACAAUGUCAUAG